AUGGGCUCUGGGGCACUUCCUGUCCCUGGCCCAAGGCCAUGGGGGCUGCUGCAGGAGCUGGACACCCAGCAGGAACUGAGCAGUGUUGGGUUGCGGCGGCGGCUUCCUUCCCCAUCUGUCACGUGGGUCUUGGCUCCUGUCCCCUGGAGUCUUUGGUCACACAGCCUGUCCUGUCCGCCCUUUGAGGAGCCAGAAGCAGAGAGCCAGCAUGGGCUGGGGGCCCAGCACGCUGAGAGCUCUCCUCUUCUCCUGGAUGUUGGUGGAGCUCAAGUGCUGGCAACGGGCAAGUCUGCUGGGGAGGAAACUGAUAUCAAAUAUGCCCUCAUCGGGACUGCUCUGGGCUUCAUCAUAUCAGCUGGCUUUCUGGCCCUGAAAAUCUGCAUGAUCAGGAAGCACUUGUUUGAUAAUGACUCCUCAGACCUGAGAAGCAUGAACGCGGGCUCCAGUGAGACCAUGGCGCUAAAGAAGAGAGCCCCAAGGUUAAACCUCAGUCUCUCUGAAAGCUCUACUGCCAUUAAGCUUUGUAACCCUGACCUCGACCUGUGCCCUUGGUCCUCCACACAUGGGAAAUGCACAAGUGAUUGAGCUCUGAGCAAACAGCCUCUUCAGAAGGGUUUCAGCACUCUGGACUCCUGCCUACAGUUGCAGUCUUAGAGACAGCUUGAAUUUGAGCACCAAGGCUGGUGAUGGACCUUCACAAAGAACUCAAAAUCCAGAGCAAAUAAUAGAGCAUACAGAUGCUGCAAUACCUCUAUGCUAAAGGAAAAUGUUGCUUCUCUUCUACAAGAAGCUGAUUGCAUAGACAGAUGUAAGAGAAUCUUUCCAGCAGUAAGAAAGAAUUGAAGCCAGCAAAUCUUCACUGCCUAUCCUGUUCCCCAUGUUGGAGCUGGUCAUGCUGCAUGAUGUCUUUGUGUCCAUAUCAGUGGAACCUACCUGCAGCAAAUGGCUCAUGGAAUGAGAACCAAACUCAAGACACAACUUCUUUAGCACCACCGUCUUACCAAGAGAUGAGCCACAUUUUCUAGGACUGUUAGCCUCACCUUCUUAGCUGCCAGAAGAAUCCCUCUGUCAACAUUCAAGGGCCCUGAAACAUGGAAACUAAGGGGUAGUCUCCAUUCCCAUAAAUGAAAGACAGACCUUCCAAAGGAAGAAAUGGCAGGCUGAACUGGAGUGGGAGUAAAGGGUCUGAUGGCCAUGGAAUGGGCCUGCAGCUCUGCAGCGCUUCAAAUGGUGGAGUCAACCAAGGAUUAAAUGAGAAAACAGCUGCAGUGCCUUGCAGAGAGCUAUACCAAUGCAAGUGCUUAUUGCUCUGCUUAUGGAAUUAUUUUGUGGUGAUGAUUCCAAUGCCCAUUUCUUAUCAUGGAGGACAUAACUGGCAGAGGCUUAGGAAACCCACAUCUUUAAUUAUUGCCAUAAACCUAAGUCUCUGUGGUACAGGCCGCAUUCAUAUUUCUCGCCCCUCUAAUAGUAACCCUGUAUUUCUGAGCUGUGUUAAGGAACGCUCUUUGCCCUUUCAUUCAACAGAAAUACAGGUGUCUGUAUGGACUGGCUCUUCUUAGAUUGGGUUACUCUCCUUGUGUGUGAUGAAAGAUGAGCUAUAUUUCAAAACAAAGCACUGUGUUAUAAUAAUUUGCCUGGAUUCCCAGGGCAUCUUUUAUCUGAGUUGAUAACAAUGUAGUUCAUUAGCAGCCUUUGUUAACUGAUAACCUAAAGCAGUAAUGCAAUACUCAUAAGCAAUUUUCCGUGUGUAAGAUAGAAUAAACCAUCUUGUGAGGUA